AUGGCUUUCGACGAGCUCAUUGAGGAAAUGGGCGGAGCCUUCGCCCAGCCUCCCGCAGGGCAGGAAAUGGAAAGCGAAGAGGAAGCGGAGAGCGUGGUCCUCGAACCCUGGUGGCUAAUCGCGCGCCGCUACGGCCUCAACACCUACCAUCCCAACUGGCAGGACCUCCUCAACGACCCCACCGUCCGCACCGCGCUCGCGUUGGUUGUCCUCACCGCCAUCUCCUUGCCCCUCUUCAGCAUGUUCGCCUAUCGGUUUUGGCGCAGAAAACAGAAUGAAAAAGGUAAGCGAACAUUUUUUGGUUUUUGGAAUUCUGCACUGUGCAAUGAAAAAUGGCGGAAAUUUUUUGCACUGUGCAAUCAAAAAUGUCGCAUCUUUUGUCGCGCGGCACAAUCAAACAAGGGAAAGAUUUUGUAUCGCACAGUGCAGUUAAAAAAGUCGAAAUUUUUGCACUGUGCAAUUCAAAAAAGUCGCAACUUCUCUUGCACUGUGCAGUCAAAAAAGUCGCGAAUUCUGCCGCACUGUGCAGUCAAAAAAAGUGAAACGUUUUCAUUUGCACUGUGCAAUCAAAAAAAUCGAAGCUUCUAUCGCACUGUGCAGUCAAAACUGUACAAAAUUUCGCACCGUGCAGUCUAAAAUGGCGAAAAAAAUUUUGCACUGUGCAUUCAAAAAAUAUAGAACUUCGCACAGUGCAAUUGAAAUUUAUUUUUACGCUAAAACUUGACUUUUUUUACAAAAAUCACGAUUUGUGGAAGAAAUUUACAGCAAAAAAACUAGUUCGUUUCCUCUAAAUCAACAACAAAACUCAUUGAAAACAGGUUUAUGAUGCAAAAAAUACCUUGCACUUUGCAGUACACUAUUUUAAUCACGUCACCGAUGUGACGAUUUUAAAAAAAACUUUGUGAUUGCACAGUGCAAGGGUGAAGAAAUUUUUUUUGCACGGUGCGAAAUAUGGCUUUUGAUUUUUUUGACUGCACAGUGCAAGAAUUGCGACAAGAUGAUUUUUUGCGCUGUGCAUAAUGUGAGUUUUGGGCUGCACAGUGCAACAAUUGCGACAAAAUUUUUUCGAGUGCACAGUGCGGUUUUUCUGACAAAAAAAAAUUUUGUGCACAGUGCAGAUGGAGAGCCUGGUUGCAGCCGCACUGUGCAAUUUUUCGGGUUUUCGAUUGCACUGUGCAUUCUGCGACAACAUUUUUUCGACUGCACAGUGCGGUUUUUGAGGAUUUUUUUUGCCGCACCGUGCAGAUGAAGGAACAGUUUUUUUGACUGCACCGUGCAAUUUUUUCGGGGUUUUUGACUGCACUGUGCUAUUUUUUUUUUUUUUUUUUAAAUACGUCAUUGAAAAAAUUUUUUUCAGCUGGCUACGUGACCGUUGACCGUUCCCAACCAGGUCAUUUCAACACCGAUCUUUUGAAUUCCAUCGCCGAACCCAAGGCGCAGAAAAAACCGCAGAAAAAGACGAAGGUAAAUUUUUCAAAAAUUUUUUUUUGAAAUUUAAAUUUGAUUUUUUUUUUUUGAAAUUACGGUAAGAAUACGUUCGAAAUGACCUAUGAAGGAAAAAAUAUAGAAUUUCGUGUGAGGUUUAUGUGCCCACGUCAAAGGAAGUCGUGUUUAACCAGGUGUAAACAGAAUUCCUUUGAAAUUUUUGGUCGAAAGAAGCUAAAAAGCAGUUUAAAAUUCGAAGUUACAAAAAAAUUCUGACAUUUUUAGCAAGAAAAAGCGAAAAAAUGGCAAAAAAUGUCGACUGCACUGUGCGAAAACCGAAGAAUGCUUUUGCACCGUGCAGAAAUCAUAAUUUUUAUUUUUGCACUGUGCAUUCGAAUGAAUUGCACUGUGCGAAACAUUGAGUUCACGGCUUUUUCUUCGACUGCACUGUGCGAGAAAGAGGAAAUUGAAAAUGAGCGAUCUGCACAGUGCAAUUGACCUUUGCUUUUGGCAUUCACUUCCUCCAUUUUUUUGAAAAGAAAGUUGGCGCGUGAUUUCGAAGUGGCUUGUCGCGACAGAUUUAUGCGACUUUGAACAGUGCAAAUUUCGUUUUUCUUUUCAUUUUGAUUGCACUGUGCGGGCGAAAUUUCGUUUGCACUGUGCAAAGUCCUAAACAUUUGCCGCGACAACCCUCUUCGAAAGCACAAUCAAAAUUUCCGUUCAAAAAAUGACAAGCAUUGUGCAAUGGAAUCAAAAGCGAUGUCGCGACAUGUCGCUGACCCGUUGCACAGUGCAGUUUCUCUUGCUCGGUUUGAACUGCACUGUGCGGAUGGGUUUUUUUUGUUUGCACUGUGCAAUUGCAUGAAAGGAGAUGUCGCGAUAAGUCGUUGGUGCGACAAGAAUCCGAUGUCGCGACAAGUCGCUGAUCCUUUGCACAGUGCAUUUUUUCUUCUUCAGCUUUGAUUGCACUGUGCAAAUUCUUUUUGUCUUUGCACUGUGCAAUUGAAUGAAAGGAGAUGUCGCGACAAGUCGCUGAUCCUUUGCACGGUGCGUUUUUUCUUCUUCAGCUUUGAUUGCACUGUGCAGAUUCUUUUUCUCUUUGCACUGUGCGGUGGAAUCAAAACAGAUGUCGCGACAAGUCGCUGGUCUUUUGCACAGUGCAUUUUUUCUUCUUCAAUUUUGAUUGCACUGUGCAGAUUUCUUUUCUCUUUGCACUGUGCAAUUGAAUGAAAGGAGAUGUCGCGACAAGUCGCUGAUCUUUUGCACAGUGCAAUUUUUCUCUCUCGGUUUGAACUGCACUGUGCGAAUGGGUUUUCUCUUUGCACUGUGCAAUGGAAUCAAAACAGAUGUUGCGACAAGUCGCUGGUCUUUUGCACAGUGCAAUUUUUUUCUCUCGGUUUGAACUGCACUGUGCAGAUUUCUUUUCUCUUUGCACUGUGCAAUGGAAUCAAAACAGAUGUCGCGACAAGUCGCUGGUCUUUUGCACAGUGCAGUUUCUCUUCCUCGGUUUUAACUGCACUGUGCAGCCAAAUUUCGCACCGCCCAUUCAAUAAUCCAUUUAUCUCGGCACUGCACGGUGCAAUUCAAUUCCCAUUGCACAGUGCAAUGGGCUCCUAAUUUAUGGGCCUUUCCGCCGCGGGCAGUGGAUUUAAAUUCGGCGCAAAACGCGAGCCCAAUUGCGCGGAAAUGCGUUUUCCUCGAAAAAUAAACAAUUAUGGGGACAAAGAGCGGCCAGAUCUUUGGCCUAAUUGCAUCGCCAGAAGGGAGAUGAUUGUUUAUUUUACGAUUUUUGGAAUUUUAAAAAUUUUGGGGGAAAAAUCGGUUUUAAAAAAAGGGAAAUUAAAGAUGCACAGUGCAAAAAAAUAUUUUUUGAAUUUUUAAUUUUGCAAAAAAAAAUAAAAAAAAAUUUUUUUUGAAGAGAAAAGUCGAUUGCACAGUGCAAAAAAAAUAUUUUAAUUUUACAAAAAAAAAAUAAAAAAAAAUUUUGAAGAGAAAGUCGAUUGCACAGUGCGAAAAAAAAAUAUUUUAAUUUUGCAAGAAAAUCAAAAAAAAUUUUGUUUGAAGAGAAAAAUCGAUUGCACAGUGCAAAAAAUAUUUUAAUUUUGCCAAAAAAAUGAAGAAAAAAAAAUUUUUUGAUAAGGAAAGUCGAUUGCACAGUGCAAAAAAUAUCUAAAUUUUGCAAAAAAAAAUCAAAAAAUUUUUUUUGAAGAGAAAAGUCAAUUGCACAGUGCAAAAAAAUAGUUUAAUUUUGCAAAAAAAAUCAAAAAAAAAUUGUUUUUUUUAUUUUUUAAAAGUUUUUAAGAGUUGAUUUGUACAGUACGAAAAAAAUUUUCCCCGAAAAACUUUGAAAACACCUCAAAAAUUCCCAAAAAUUCUUCAAAAAAUCUUGAUUUCCCCUUUUCAGAAAGGCCAUCAACAGAUCCCAUCGGACGAAGCAGACUGUGUCGACUCUGACGAAGACUCCUCACCCUCUUCAACCUGUGUUUCGUCGCCAGAAAUUGCCCCGAAACUCACAAAAUCCGAGGAGAAAUACGCGAUGAAGGGGAAAUUUGUCGAUUUCAUCGACGGAAAAGAGAUAAAAUUCGAGGAAAAAGAGGAAAAAAUCACGUUUGAUGGGACCAGAAUCAACAAUCAGCUGGAUUUCGGCGACUUGAAGGAGGAGGAUGUGAAGAAAUUGGUGGAUAUGCAAUGGCAUGGCAAGCUGGCCACCGCCAAACUACGGGCAAAAGCGAAUAAAUUGGAGGAAACGAUGAGCGAGGAGGAGCGGAAAAAUGUGAGUCUUUACCUCAAAUGACCUUUGAGUCAUCUAUUUAUCAAAAAAUUUUCGAUCUACAGUAAUUGCGCGACAUUUUAUACGAAGAAUUCGUUUUUUGAAAGAAAGACUAAUUUUUCGUAUAAAAUGUCACUUUGAGAAAACGAAAUUCGCUGGGAUUAUUUGUCAUAGGGCUGUUAGUAAUAAUCAAAUUUACUUUUAGACCUUUCGGUAUUUCGGUGACAUUUUAUACGAAAAAUUUUAUUUUCAAAAAUCUUCGUGUAAAAUGUCACCCAAGCCGGAAAAUAGUCAGAAAACCAAGCCUUUGCAAAAUGCACAGCUUUUUGAUCCCAUCAAUGUCUAUUUUUCAUUAGGUUAAAGGCGUAUUAUACGAAGAAUUUUAUUUUCAAAAAUUUUCGUAUAAGAUGUCACACAAGCCGAAAAAUAGUGAAAAAAUCAAGUCUCUGCAUAAUGCACAGUUUUUUAUAUUUUUUUAUCCCAUCAAUGUCUAUUUUUCAUUAGGUUAAAGACAUUUUACACGAAAAAUUUUAUUUUAAAAAAUUUUCGUAUAAAAUGUCACCCAAGCCGAAAAAUAGCCAGAAAAUCAAGCCUCUGUAUAAUGCACAGCUUUUUUUAUCCUACCUAUGUUUGCUUUUUCAUUGCUUAGAGACAUUUUAUACGAAAAAUUUUAUUUAAAAAAUUUUCGUAUAAAAUGUCACCCAAGUCGAAAAAUAGUCAGAAAAUCAAGCCUUUGUAUAAUGCACAGCUUUUUUAUCCACCUUAUGUUUGCUUUUCCAUUACUUAGAGACAUUUUAUACGAAAAAUUUUAUUUUAAAAAAUUUUCGUAUAAAAUGUCACCCAAGCCGAAAAAUGGUCAGAAAAUCAAGCCUCUGAAAAAUGCACAGCUUUUUGAUCCCAUCAAUGUUUAUUCUUCAUUAGAUUAAGGACAUUUUGUACGAAAAAUUGACUUUUAAAAAAUUUUCGUAUAAAAUGUCACCUAAAUUUAACCGUAAAGCUUAGCGCGUGUCUUGCAGUAUUUUACACGCUUUCCCUUUGAUAUUUCAAAUUCCAACUUUAUAAUCCGAUUUUAUUAGGAAAUUACAGCUAAAGUAAUUUUCUAAUUUUGCCAGCUAAUCCAAAUGUCCCAUCAUAAUCGGCACGCAAGAUUUGCGCUAUAAAAAUAUCAAAGCCAUGAAUUUUUUAUUCAGAUUUUUUUUUGAUUUUUUUCAAAGAAGUUUUUUUUCAGGAGCAGCGACUGAAAAACGAGCAAUUGGAAAAAAUAUUUGCACUGAUGCAGCAAGACAAAGAAAAGUUUGGCGUGAACGAUAAGACCGAAAUAAUGGAGCAGAUGAAGAUGUAUUCGCUGUAA